UGUGUAAUCUAUCUGCUUGCUAGAGUCCAUUCCCCUGCAUUUUUCCAAACUUGGUACACAAGAGAGCACAAAGUGGUCAUGGGGGUCCUGAAUUGGGUGCAGAGAAGGAUUCAUGGAGCACAUCACAGCAAAAGGAACUCAGAGUUCAGUACAGGCUCGGUUCGAUCUGCUGAAUUUUCAGAUGGGCUUCCUUGGAACGACGUGCUCGACAACGGCUGGAUCACGACGAUGCUGUCAAUCGGAACGUGUGGGACGAGGGGAGGAAACACACUGAAGAGCUGUGACGGUUCCGGUAGAUCGUACGCAGUUGGCGCCGACGAGCUCAAGAAGCUGAGAGAGGAGCUCAUGUUGCUCAUGAGAGCCAAAGGAGUGACCACAGCCGAAGAACUGAACAGGCUGCAUCACCUGCCACUGGAGAGGCUUCUGGACUGCACCUCGAGCUCCAAGAAUGGAGGGACAGCUAAGCCGAGAUCUGUCGGGAAGCCAAUUGCCUUCACUGGUUUCCUACCCAGAUCGAGCUUCCGAGAAACAGUACCUGAACUGAGAGCGACUGAAGUGUUACAGAAUUCAGAUUAUCUUGCUCCCUGCGCAUUACUCCACAAGAAUACACAUCCCCAAAACUCGGCAUUCUCUGAUCCUGUGACCAGGAAUGAUCGAGCGGUCCAGAUGCCCCGAAAAGGCAAGGCACAUGUAGAGGAAGAAGGGGGCAAGUGGAUCAGAACAGAUUCAGAGUGUAAGUUAUCUGACAGAAAAGGGUAGAUGUGUAGCAGUGUUUGCAAGUAAACAUAACAUUUGACAUGCUUCUUCGAUUCUCCAGACAUCGUGUUAGAGAUCUGAACCCCCAGGACGCCAGCAAAAGGGAAAGACCGAGUUCCUUGUACAAUCUUAGUUUGGUACAGCAAAGUAUCUCAUCAGCUGGGCCUUAGCGCCAGUGUUACAAUAUGAUUUUCUCUGUUUUGCUUGUCAUGAAUAUA